UGGAAACUUCAAAAACUUUUUUUCAGUCGGUGGUCAAAAAAUAAUGAAAAACAAAUAAAAAUAUAUAAAUUGAUACAUUUGAAGUACUAUCAUUUAGCAAACUGCCGAAAUGGAAUCAGACAAUUUAUCGAAACAAGUAUGUACUUACUUACUUAACCAACUUUGCUUUCACAUGAAAGAAAAUAAAUUGAAGAGGUUGAAGCAUUAAGUUCGAUUUACGGUGAAGACUGGACGAUAGACAGUGAGGCUACAAAGUCGUACAAUAUAAAAAUCAAAGAUGAUAAAAAUGAAGUCAUUUUGUAUGUAACUAUGCCUGAGGGCUACCCGAGUCAAAGCCCACCUAAAUAUGAAGUUUCAGCCCCAUGGAUGGAUAGAAAAGUCAAAGAAAACCUUCAUUAUUGCCUGGAUGAGAUUUAUUUAGAUAAUUUAGGUGAAACAAUCAUAUUUCAAUGGGUUGAGAAAAUCAGGGAAAUAUUACAGACUAUAAGACCUGUGGAAUCUGCAAAGGAAAAGAUUUUGAUUGAGGAAACUUUAGAUCUGUCUCAGAUAGAAAUCAGUUGUCCGGAGAUUACUCAUGGUGAAGUGAUAGUUGACAGAAAGAGUUCAUUUCAAGGGCAUGCAGCUGAAGUUCACAGCAUUGAUGAUAUUAAUGCGGUAUUAGCUAAACUGAAGCAAAACAAGAAGAUACGUAAUGCAACACACAACAUGUAUGCAUAUCGGAUAGAAAAGAAGACUGAAAAAGGCACAACCAUGGUGCAAGACUGCGACGACGACGGCGAGGCACACGCGGGCGGCAGGAUGCUGCAUCUCUUGCAGAUCUUGGACCAGAAGAAUACUUUAGUAGUUGUUUCUAGAUGGUACGGCGGCAUUCAACUGGGUCCUGACAGAUUUCGACACAUCAACAACGCGACUCGACAAGUCAUCCAACAGGCUGGGCUUUUGAAGAAAUGACACAAAAUGUAACAUUGCGUGGCGCCUAGGACACGCCCCUAGCUAAAACUGCACGCCAAAAGGCAUGAGAAAACACAUUAGUUAUGUGUAAAAAAAGAAUGUUAAUACAAUAUGCAUGUAGCUACAUCAUUUUGUAUAUUAUGUAUAUUAAAAGCUGAUUCUCUACAGAAUUUAUAUGAAAUUAAAUGAAAUCUAUUAUUUAAUUAAGUAUAUCUUUGUUCCUUUGCAAAUUAGCGCGUGGCAGUCUAUUUUUAACCCCCGACCCAAAAAGAGGGGUGUUAUAAGUUUGACGUGUGUAUCUGUGUAUCUGUGUAUCUGUCUGUGGCCUCGUAGCGCCUAAACGAAUGAACCGAUUUUAAUUUUGUUUUUUUUUGUUUUGAAGUAUAUUAUGAGUAAUUUGAAAUGUUAAAAUAAACCUUAUUUCAAUGUCCUAAAACUCUAAUUGAAAUACGAUUACUCUGUCCUGGUCUGUGUUAAUGGACCCUAACUGUAAUAAGGAACAGUUUCGUGAUUUACUUUAGCUAUUUAUGAUCUGAUACUUCAGUAAGAAGCAUUUAAAUUAAAUUAAUUAAUUAUUUUAGUUAUAAAAUAGAUUUUGAUGUAAUGAUUUUGUACUAAAGAAUAGUUUCAGCACACAGUGCUGAAUGAAAUGAUUAGUAAUGUUGUUUUUUUAUUUAAUUUAUGUACCUACCAAUUAAAAUGCAUUAAUUAUGGUACUGUUUUGAUUAUAAAAUUGUUUUUAAUGUUA